CCGCAGAAUGCCAGCUGAUGAAGACGGAGAGGCCCAAGCCCAACACCUUCAUCAUACGCUGCCUCCAGUGGACCACCGUCAUCGAGAGGACCUUCCACGUGGACUCCCCCGACGAGAGGGACGAGUGGACGGAGGCCAUCCAGAUGGUGGCGGACAAGCUGCAGAAGCAAGAGGAGGAGAGGAUCCGGCGCAGCCCCACUUGCAACGUGGACAACAUGGCGGAGGAGGAGAUGGACGUCUCCGCCGCGCAGCACAAACGCAAGACAAUGAGCGACUUCGACUACCUGAAGCUGCUCGGAAAGGGAACCUUUGGCAAAGUGAUUCUGGUCCGGGAAAAGGCCAGCGGGAAAUACUACGCCAUGAAGAUUUUAAAGAAGGAAGUCAUCAUCGCCAAGGACGAGGUGGCGCACACGCUGACCGAGAGCCGAGUCCUGAAAAACACCAGACACCCCUUUCUCACCUCACUGAAGUAUUCCUUCCAGACAAAAGACCGCCUCUGUUUCGUCAUGGAGUAUGUGAACGGCGGAGAGCUGUUUUUCCACUUAUCCAGAGAGCGGGUGUUCUCCGAGGAGCGCACGCGCUUCUACGGCGCCGAGAUCGUCUCGGCGCUCGACUACCUGCACUCGGCCAAGAUCGUGUACCGCGACCUCAAGCUGGAGAACCUGAUGCGCAGUAAAGACGGCCACAUCAAGAUCACCGACUUCGGCCUGUGCAAGGAAGGCAUCACGGACGCGGCCACCAUGAAGACCUUCUGCGGCACGCCCGAGUACUUGGCGCCCGAGGUGCUGGAGGACAACGACUACGGGCGAGCGGUGGACUGGUGGGGCCUGGGCGUGGUGACGUACGAGAUGAUGUGCGGCCGGCUGCCCUUCUACAACCAGGACCACGAGAAGCUCUUUGAGCUCAUCCUGAUGGAGGACAUCAAGUUCCCGCGCACGCUCUCGGCCGACGCCAAGUCGCUGCUUUCGGGACUCCUCAUCAAGGACCCCAACAAACGGCUCGGCGGCGGACCGGAGGACGCCAAAGACAUCAUGAGGCACGCUUUCUUUUCCGGCGUCGACUGGCAGCACGUGUACGACAAAAAGACGCUUCCUCCAUUCAAGCCUCAGGUGACGUCGGAGACGGACACCAGGUACUUUGACGAGGAGUUCACGGCGCAGACCAUCACCGUGACGCCGCCUGAGAAAUUCGACGAGGACGGCAUGGACUGUCUGGACAACGAGAGACGACCGCACUUCCCGCAGUUCUCCUACUCGGCCAGCGGGCGGGAAUGAACGCGGCGCGCCCUCUAACCCCGCCCCCCGCUGUGACAUCAUCACGGCUGGUCCAUGAGGUCCUCGGCGUGGGACGCCCAAAAAGAGAAAAGCGGGAAACCCCCGCAGCUUCCGGACCCGGAGGAAUCCACUCCAGGAAGGAUUUUGCCAUCCCCCCCCCCCAGCCAUUUUGUCUCAUUCACGCUUCACGAAGGGAGCGGAAGGUACGAAGGCGGGUUAGCCGCUAAUGUGAUGUCAGCCGGGUGGGACGGCUCCGUUCCGAUUGGUCCCCCGCCCCCCCUCUGGCCAUCCCCACAACGUACGCGUGACUCGGUUGUAAUCUCAGGCUUUUUUUGCACACGUCAACCAUAUUCUGGGAUCGACUGAGCGGGUCCGGUAGGCGGGAGUUGACUCGGGUGCCAUCUCCCAGUCGUCGUUGCUGCUAUUCCAACAUCCGCGUCACGUACUCGUCCUCUUCAACCGGACGACCGCUCAACACAUCCAUCGCUAGUCGGGCUGGGCCUCUUGACCUUAAAAGAAGCAUUUUAUUCCUCGAUUUAUUUAUUUAUUUGUUUGUUUGUUUGUUUUGAUGGCAGCUAUCCUGAUACCAAACACGUUUUUUUUUCCCCCCUCUCUGAAUCAAUUUCCAGAGAAGUAGUGGAAGUAAAAAGCCUCAUCUUCACAGAGACAUCGGAAUUGGUUUUCGUUCUUGUUGGGUCUCCAAAAGUCUGAACCAAACCUAAUUGUCCAAAAACCAAAGCAACGCUUCCCUCAGGACAUGAUGUCAAUCCACUUAAUCCAUCCCAGAAAGCCGGAAAGGUGAACAAAAAUACACUUUUCGGUCGUCGGCAUCGAGAAAAUGAUGUUUGAUCUCCAAAGCAAUCAAAUGACGAAUACAUGCUAUUUUGAUCGCACUUCAAAUUGAAACGAAAUCGAUCAAUGACAAUGCGGCGUUUUGUUGACCUAUUUGUCCCCCAAAUCCAAAAGAGAAGCGUUCCUUCCUCAGUUGCCAUCGAUCUGAGGGGGCUGCCGUGUUGGGCAAGAUGGCCUCCUGCCCACAACCCAACCGAACGUCACAGCGACUCUCGUCAUCACGUGACCGAGCCCCCAAAACAGCUUUGCGGACUCCCUGCGGGCAAUGUGAAAAGCCUUUUCCGCUUGUUGUCUUCUUUCAUUUCAAAGUCAAGCUCCUUUUUAUUGACAGCCCCGUUGUUCAUCGAAGCAGGGCACCUCCACAAGGAUCCCGCCUGCCCCCCCCGCCCAGUCAAGCGGAAUUACAGUAACCAAUGAAAUGGAAGUGUGGCCCAGCCCUAACCGCUAGCUAGCGACACAUCACACGUUAGCAGCUUGCUAACUUGCUGCUGACGUGGACGCCGGGACACAUCCACGUGGAUCGAGCCGACAAACCGCUCAAGGAUGUCACGUUCUCACGCGAGAGGGCUCCGCGUCCAAGCGCAGCAGUUCCCCUUCUAGCUUUACUAGCCAUGAUGUGACCGGACAGUGGCGGGGCACCACCACGCCGCCGUGGACGCAAACGUAUUGGAAUGAUGAGGACGACCGCUCCUUGGUCGGAGGUACUAAUGGCUUAUUUAUGAUGCCGCUCAUCGAUGCUCCCCUUUUUUUCUAUUUGCCUUUUUUCGAUGGACCGACACGCGAUUCUACCGGACGAGUCUGUGUGCGAUAGGGCUGAGAAAACAAUAUGGCCGAAGAAUGUAGCCGGCCGGCUCUGUCGUUCGUUACCCCCGCCAAGCAUUCUUUGUGUAUUUAUGACUUGUUGGGUGGGUUGUGCGCGUGAUCGACACUUUCCCGGGCUGAGGUCCCGUCCGUGGCCGUGACAGAGGUUGCCGGAGAGCGCGGACCUCCACCAAGGCGUUUUUGUUUUACCGAGAGACGUUUUCAGGUCAGAGGGUGGAACCUUUCGAUUCAUUUGCACAAACCAUGACAAAUUCACCUCAAGGGUUGCAGGCUUGACAUCACCGUCGAGGACAAUUGAUUGCAAACAGGGAAAAUGUGAUCCUAACUGUUGAACGGGAAAUGGAACGGACCAUUACACCGUGCUGCGCAAUAUCU